GGAUGAGGGGGCGGGAUCACCGCUCUCAGCGCGCAAGAGGUACCGUUACAGGGCAGACUCUUUGUCCAAUCAACGCCUCCAGAUCUCGGAUCAGGUGACCACAGAGUGAAGGGGCGGAGCUACAACCUGGCGCGAGGAACCGUUAAGAUGGACAAAGAAUAUAGCCAAUGAGAUACUCUGACUAGGGCGUUGGGAACCCAAUAACAGUGGUUGGGCGGGCGCCUCCCCAGAGCGCGGGGAGAUGUAAAGACUGACAAACAGCUUUCCCAAUGAGACUGUAGAAGAGGCGAGCCAGCUGACCAAUGAAGACUGCGGGGCGGGAUCCUUUGCCGCGGCGGAGUCCAAGAUGGCGGCGUGCGGUUCCGCUGUGUGAAACCAGCGCGGGGCGGCGGGUUAGUCAGCUCCGCGGAGACGACCUCCGACGACCCGCAGCGAUGAAGGGAAAAGAGCGCUCCCCAGUCAAGCCCAAACGCUCCCGAGGCGGUGAGGACUCGACUUCCCGCGGGGAGCGCAGCAAGAAGUUAGGGGGCUCUGGCGGCAGCAAUGGGAGCAGCAGCGGAAAGACCGACAGCGGCGGCGGGUCUCGGCGCAGCCUUCAUCUGGAUAAGUCCAGCAGCCGAGGUGGCAGCCGCGAGUAUGACACUGGAGGGGGCAGCUCCAGUAGCCGCUUGCAUAGUUACAGCUCCCCGAGCACCAAAAAUUCUUCGGGCGGGGGCGAGUCGCGCAGCAGCUCCCGGGGUGGAGGCGGGGAGUCACGUUCCUCUGGGGCCGCCUCCUCAGCUCCUGACGGCGGGGAAUACAAGACCCUGAAGAUCAGCGAGCUGGGGUCCCAGCUGAGCGACGAGGCGGUCGAGGACGGACUGUUUCAUGAGUUUAAACGCUUCGGUGAUGUAAGUGUCAAAAUCAGUCACCUCUCGGGUUCUGGCAGCGGGGAUGAGCGCGUAGCCUUUGUGAACUUCCGGCGGUCAGAGGACGCGCGGGCGGCCAAGCAUGCCAGAGGCCGCCUGGUGCUCUAUGACCGGCCCCUGAAGAUAGAAGCUGUGUAUGUGAGCCGGCGCCGCAGCCGCUCCCCCUUGGACAAAGAUUCUUACCCCCCGUCAGCCAGCUUGGCCGGGGCUUCUGUCGGGGGUCACCGGCACCCCCCGGGAGGAGGUGGUGGAGGCCAGCGGUCCCUUUCCCCGGGGGGCGCAGCCUUGGGAUACAGAGACUACCGGUUGCAGCAAUUGGCGCUGGGCCGCCUGCCCCCUCCGCCUCCGCCGCCGCUGCCCCGCGAACUGGAAAGAGAGCGCGACUAUCCGUUUUAUGAGCGAGUGCGCCCGGCUUACAGUCUUGAGCCCAGGGUGGGAGCCGGGGCAGGUUCUGCUGCUUUCAGAGAAGUGGACGAGAUCUCACCCGAGGACGAUCAGCGAGCUAACCGGACGCUUUUCUUGGGCAACUUAGACAUCACUGUGACAGAGAGUGAUCUCAGAAGGGCUUUUGAUCGUUUUGGAGUUAUCACAGAAGUAGACAUCAAGAGGCCUUCCCGGGGCCAGACCAGUACCUAUGGCUUUCUUAAAUUUGAGAACCUAGACAUGUCUCACCGGGCCAAAUUAGCAAUGUCUGGAAAAAUUAUAAUUCGGAAUCCUAUCAAAAUUGGGUAUGGUAAAGCUACACCCACCACCCGCCUCUGGGUAGGAGGCCUGGGACCUUGGGUGCCUCUUGCUGCCCUGGCACGAGAGUUUGACCGAUUUGGCACCAUACGCACCAUAGACUACCGCAAAGGUGAUAGUUGGGCCUACAUCCAGUAUGAAAGCCUGGAUGCAGCUCAUGCUGCCUGGACCCACAUGCGGGGCUUCCCGCUUGGUGGGCCCGAUCGUCGCCUUAGAGUAGACUUUGCAGAUACAGAACAUCGUUACCAGCAGCAAUAUCUGCAGCCUCUGCCCUUAACUCAUUAUGAAUUGGUGACAGAUGCUUUUGGACAUCGGGCACCUGACCCUCUGAGGGGUGCUCGGGAUAGGACACCACCCUUACUUUAUAGAGACCGUGAUAGGGACCUUUAUUCUGACUCUGAUUGGGUACCACCCCCACCGCCAGUCCGGGAACGCAGCACUCGGACUGCAGCUACUGCUGUGCCUGCUUAUGAGCCACUGGAUAGUCUGGAUCGUAGGCGGGAUGGCUGGUCCUUGGACAGGGAUAGAGGUGAUCGAGAUCUGCCUAGUAGCAGAGACCAGCCUCGAAAGCGGAGGCUCCCUGAGGACAGUGGGGGACGACAUCUGGAUAGGUCCCCAGAGAGUGAACGCCCACGAAAACGUCACUGUCCUCCUUCUCCUGACCGCAGUCCAGAACUGAGCAGCAGCCGGGAUCGCUACAACAGUGACAAUGACCGUUCUUCCCGUCUUCUCUUGGAAAGGCCCUCUCCCAUCAGAGACAGACGAGGUAGUUUGGAGAAGAGCCAGGGUGAUAAGCGAGAUCGUAAAAACUCUGCAUCAGCUGAACGGGAUAGAAAGCACCGGACAGCAGCCCCCACUGAGGGAAAAAGCCCUCUGAAAAAAGAAGACCGGUCUGAUGGGAGUGCACCCAGCACCAGCACUGCGUCGUCGAAGCUGAAGUCUCCUUCCCAGAAACAGGAUAGUGGGACAGCGCCCGCCGCAGCAGCCUCUCCGAAACUCUGUCUGGCCUGGCAGGGCAUGCUUCUAUUGAAGAACAGCAAUUUUCCUUCCAACAUGCAUCUGUUGCAGGGUGACCUCCAAGUGGCUAGCAGUCUUCUUGUGGAGGGCUCAACUGGAGGCAAAGUGGCCCAGCUCAAAAUCACUCAGCGUCUUCGUUUGGACCAGCCCAAGUUGGAUGAAGUAACUCGCCGCAUCAAAGUGGCAGGGCCCAAUGGUUAUGCCAUUCUUCUGGCUGUGCCUGGAAGUUCUGACAGCCGGUCCUCCUCUUCCUCAGCUACGUCAGACACUGCCACCUCUACUCAGAGGCCACUUAGGAACCUUGUGUCCUAUUUAAAGCAAAAGCAGGCAGCUGGGGUGAUCAGCCUCCCUGUGGGGGGCAACAAAGACAAGGAAAACACCGGGGUCCUUCAUGCCUUCCCACCCUGUGAGUUCUCCCAGCAGUUCCUGGAUUCCCCUGCCAAGGCACUGGCCAAAUCUGAAGAAGAUUACCUGGUCAUGAUCAUUGUCCGUGGUGUCUAAAUGCAUGUGAGCAUGAGAGCCUCAUCACUGCUGUGUCAUCUAUUUUGAUUUUCACUAUGCUUUUACAAAUUUUUUAAGUUUGGAGGUUUUUGUUUUUAAACUGGAAAAAUUAGCCAUUUUGAGAGAAGGAAGAUGAACACAACGGUUCUUGGUGUGCCUGUAGGGGAAAAUACCUGAGAUCCUACAGUUAAGACUUUCAGUGCUUUUUGCUUUUAAAAAGCUGUGACUGGCAUGUCACUCGAGAGUAGACACCUGCUGAGAAACUAAUGCAGGUGUGCAUACAUGGGGUCAGAGUACAAUUUGUGACGAGAUACAUUUUUCCAGUUUAAAUAAUCUCACUAACCAUUAACUUUUGAAUAUCUAUUGGUAAGAUGGCUGGACAAAUGAUUUUGCUCUUUUAGAGUGAAGUCCAUGACUCCUAAUUUUUACUGUAAUACAAAAUAUGUGUGGUUUUCUCUUUUUUGUUUUCUUUUUAAGUUGAUUGAUGUGACAGCUUACUGUGGUUUUUGCUCCAUGUUUGUUUGAAUCUUUAUCUGACAUCAAGGCUUUUGUUAGAUCUUGGCAAUUUGUGCUUCAAUGUUUUUUGAAACAAUGGCUUGGUACAUUUCUAAAUGUAUGUAUUAUAAAUAACUAAUUAUGUUUAGUUUGGUGCUUACCUACCAAGUGCCAUCGUUAGAUGAAUCUCUUAUUUGUGUUGCCUAUUCAUAAUAUGUGUGAGCUAUCUACUCAAACCUUCAGAAUGGAAUGAAAGCAAAAGUCCAAAACUAUCUGAUUCUAAUUCUCAUUGGCCAGAAUUUCAUAAUCCCUACAUUGGAUGUUCUAUGUGACAACCGAUUUUACUUUUUAGAAAAAUACUCGCUUACUUGAUUUUUCUGAAACUCAGUUCAAAUGAAUGGAAAGAAAUCUUUUCAAUAUGUAUACCAUUUAAUGACUUAUUAAGUGUUACUGGUAAAAAACUUCAAACUAAUUAAGACUUUAGAACUCAACUUCAGAGUUGAUGGAAAAUUAGGCAAUUGUUCAGCCCCUACCCGAAUUUUUUUUUUAUAUUUGUUGGUCGUAAUUGGGAUUCCUAUGAAGAAUUUUCCACACAAAAUUAAAUACCUGGUGUAAGAUGUAUACUGUAACUGAACUGAGAGUAGAUAGAGUUUUCCCUGUAAGGAUUACAUCUUAAAAUUGCUUUGGUGACAUUUUGAAGGUAAUACACUCUGGCCCUUAUUGGCUCAAUUAGAUCAUUUGAGGAAUAGUACAAGUAAGGUGUGUUUUCAUUGCUUCCAGAGUCAAACACUGUUUAGGUUUAUUUAAAAACUUUUAUGAGCAAGUUUUCACUGAUGAUGCUUUUUAAAAAAAAAAAAAAAUUAAAUUCACGUUAGUUAGACAUGACUUGCUCAUUAUGCAAGUACGGUUUGAACUAUAGUUUUUGGGUCCAUAUAGGAACCAUUCACCAAAAACUCUGGUAACAGAAUUAGGAAAUCCUCUUGAGAAGAGGGCCUUAUUGCUGCCUAUAUGGAAAAAAAUUUUCUGGAGAGAAUUUCUGGAUUUUUUUUUUUUUUCUUUCUCUGUCUCUGCCACAGUGUUUGGCUUUGAGAUAGGAGUUAAGUAUACAAACAAGAACAAAAGUGUGGAGCUGACUCUGUUAACAUUCUGGUUAUAGUGAUGUCCCUAAAGGGAGAAAUUUAUUUCAGUAACCACAGUGAACUGUUAAGCAUAAUGAAGAAUUUUAUAUGUAUGAUUUAAACAGAGUUGAUAAGUAAAAGUCCUAAAGUGUUCUUUGGCUGUUUAGCGAUUGUAUGAGUGUUUCUUAAAAGAAAGUAACAGCUGCUGUCUUUGGUAACACAGAUGAAGGUGGAUUUUUAAAUGGCUUUAUAUCUUGAGCCCUUUCUACAAAUAACGGAGUAUUGUGUUGCUCCAUUUAAAUUACAGAAUGAAAUAGAGGAGAUAAAAGUUUGAACUCCACCUUUACAGUUUCAAAUCAAGUUUUUAAGUUAUAAUUCAAUAUAUUGAUUAUAAACUUGCUUUUUCUGAAAUUUCUUGACAUGGCUUACUCAGUUACAUGAGUAUAAAGGAUAGUUUCAGUCCUUUAAUCCUAAAUUAAUUGCAGUCUUUUAGGAAAAAGCCCACCCUAUUAUACUUGUUAUUUGUCUGUUCAUAAAAGGUUUGUGCCAGUGGGUAUUAUUGGUGCUUUAUGAAGUCACGGUGGACUGUCCAGGAAGGUCUUGUUAAUGUUUAUGUUCAUCUAUAAUGGCAUAGGGGAAAUAUAUAUAUUUUUAAUAUUGUAAACAUUUGUACUGAAUAACCUUUUUUUCCCCCCCUGCAAGCAAAACUGGUGAACAGCAGAUGAAGAUACGGAAUUCAAAGCUCUAAUGGACCUUUUUGAAGAGAAGUUGUGGCUUAUGUGGAGUUUACAUGGGCCUCUUGAUGGAAGAAAAAGCUAAUCUGUUUAGUAUUUGUGCAUUUUACUAAAAUGGCAGCUUAAAGUUGUGUAUCUGCUAUUGUGAUGCCAAUGCCGGUGUUUUAAGUGGAAAAAAAAUGACCUCUUUGCUUUGUGCUGUGUACACAAGAUUUCUGGAAAAGUAAAGAAAAAACCCUUUUUAUGGCUCACACAGCUUAAAAGUAGCUGUCACUCAAACGUGCGCUCACAGUUGAGCUGCUUUUGUUUUAUUCUAAAUAAAUUGUUUCUUUUGAGGAAAA